UUAGAAAAACUGAGAAAUUGGCUUCAAUCGAGACAUUAUUUUACUACUCAUUAUUGAACAACCAGAGCAAGCAAGACAUAUUAUAUCCAUCACCUACUACCCCACUAAUUAAGCAUCAUCAGUGAGCUGCGCACACAUGUUAUGAAAUAACAAGCCGAUCUCAAUUUAGGUCCUACCCAAAGAAUUAGUUCUUCAGCUAGCAGCCUCUAUUCUUCUCUAAGAAAGUGGAGAAAAUUGGUCAGAAAUGUUAUUGUUUUUGGUUAAUUGCCUUCUCAUCUUUGCCAAUAUAUUUGCAGUCUUCUCAGCCUCAUCAUUGCCUCAAGAUUCUGUUCAUCUUCUUGGGUUCCACAGCAGUCUUCCAGAGUCCUCUCAACAAUUGAUCCCUUGGAAUCAGUCCAUUUCACACUGCCAAUGGAAAGGUGUUACCUGCUAUUCAGACACUUCUUCUCAUGCCAUAUCAUUGAAUCUCUCAGACUCACAUCUAUCUGGAACCUUGGACAAGGCCUUUCCCAAUCUUUGUGGUAUUCUUCGCUUGGUCUCCGUUGAUCUCAGUGGCAACCAUUUCACUGGAGGCAUCCCGGCUAUGCUUGCAAACUGCAGCCAACUUGACACGAUUCUCCUCAACGACAACAGGUUCUCAGGAUCCAUCCCACCAGAGAUUUUCAAAUCAAGCAAGCUUUUAAAACUUGAUUUGGGUUACAAUCAGCUCAAUGGCACCAUUCCUUCUGAGGUAGGCCUUUCUACAAGCCUUCAAUUUCUCGGACUGUGGAACAACUUCCUUAAUGGAAACAUUCCAAAAGAGCUAUUCAAUUUGCCGAACUUGACAUAUCUCCACCUUCAUAUAAACGACCUGACGGGACCUCUGCCCGACUUCUCAACCUCGUGUUCACUUUCCCAGCUUUCUAUUUAUGAGAAUCGUUUCUCAGGUUCCUUGCCAAUUACCCUGGGCAAUUGUCACAACCUUAAAAAAUUCUAUGCGUCAUCUGCUCAUCUCGGAGGAGUUAUCUCCCCAGAGAUCUUUAGGGGCCUCUCAAAUCUCGAAUCUCUCAAUUUCGAUGAUAACAACUUUGAAGGGGAAAUUCCUGAGACCUUAUGGAAUGGGAGCUUACAAGACUUAAUUCUUUCCCGGAAUAAGUUUAAUGAUAGUAUAUCCGAAAGGAUUGGUGCUUGUCAUCAGAUAAAUUACAUUGAUUUGUCAGAUAACAAAUUAACCGGUCAGAUUCCCAGGUCAGUUGGACGUCUGAAGGAUUUGAGCACGCUUCUUCUGUAUACUAACAUGCUUAGUGGUUCAUUACCAGCAGAAUUUGGGAACUGCUCUUCCCUUGUUGAAAUUAUUCUUUUCAGUAACUUCAUCGGUGGAGAAAUUCCUCAAGAGCUCUGCAACCUUCAGGCCCUAAGAAACUUUACUGUGGACGGAAAUCAAAUUCGGGGCCAAAUUCCAGAAUGCAUUGGCAGAAUAAGCAAAUUGGAGGAGCUAUCUCUUUAUGAGAAUAGAUUGACCGGCAAGAUACCACCUGGAAUUACAAAUAUGACAAAACUCGUGUAUCUUUCUUUGGCUCAUAAUAACCUUACCGGGGAGGUACCACCUAAUCUUGGAAAAAAUAAUUUCCCUGGCUUAGAAAGGAUUGAUUUAGGUUAUAAUAACUUCAGUGGAUCGAUUCCUUCUGAACUAUGUAGUGGCAACAGACUUGGAGUCGUGGUUCUUGAAAACAACGGUUUCAGUGGCAGCUUCCCAACACAUCUAGCAAAAUGCAAAUCCCUGUACAGGGUAAAACUUACCAACAACAAUCUGCAGGGUAGCAUUCCUGACGACAUUGAAAAGAAUGAGAAGAUUUCUUACUUGAAUGUUCGAGGAAAUAUGCUUGCAGGAAGGAUUCCAGCAGCAUUUAGUUACUGGACCAAUCUUUCAGAUAUUGAUCUUUCAGAGAAUAUGUUUUCUGGUUCCAUACCUGCAGAACUUGGGAAGCUGCAAAACCUUGUGAGACUCGGCAUCUCUUCUAACUGUCUGACAGGACAAAUUCCUCUUCAGUUGAGUUACUCCGCAAAUCUGGCAGAGUUGGAUCUCAGCAGCAAUAAUCUUUCAGGAAGCAUUCCGAAAGAAGUUGCAUCAUCUUCAGUAUUGACAAAACUUCUACUCCAGCACAACAAACUUUCUGGUGCUCUUCCAGACGCUUUCUCCUCCACACAAAAGCUUGUAAAACUGCAGCUCGGGGACAACUUGCUUGAAGGCCCAAUUCCAUGUACUCUGAGUAAACUUAGGGAACCUAAUGUUGCACUGAAUCUGAGCAUGAAUAAGUUUAGUGGUCCAAUUCCUAGGUGUCUGAGCAGUCUAGACAAUUUAGAAAUCUUUGAUAUAUCAAGCAACAACUUGUCCGGUCCAAUACCAUCAGAAAUGGACAAGAUGAGGUCCCUUUCAUUUCUCAACAUAUCAUUUAAUAAUUUGUCGGGGCAGAUUCCCAUUUCAUGGGAAAAACCAUUAAGUUCACAUCCAGGAUCUGCCCAGGGAAAUCCAGGACUCUGCUUAUCAGGCACGGAAGAUAGUAACUGCAAACAUGUAAAAAAAUCACCUGUAAACUGGAAGACCUUGGCUGGUGUAAUUAGUGGAUGUGUGUUUUCCGCGUCAGUCAUGGUUGUGGCAAUAUACUUUCUAGUGACUUGGAUCCGGCAUCCUUCCCUGCUGAAUAAGCAUCGGCUCAUCAAGUGUCAGUCAGCUAUUGAAGAUCUGCCAGAUCAUAUAAAUUUUGAGGACAUUGUACAUGCAACAGAAGGCUGGAGAGAAAAAUAUGUAAUUGGAAGAGGCAAGCAUGGAACUGUUUAUAAGAUGGAAUCUGCGAAAUCCAAAAAGCUUUGGGCUGUCAAGAAGGUUGACUUAGCUCACAGAGCAUUCAACGAUGAAAUGAGAACCCUAAAUUCUGUCAGACACCGCAAUUUGGUAAGAUUGGGAGGAUACUGCACGAGACAUGGAUAUGGCUACAUUCUAACAGAAUUUAUCCCCGGAGGGACUCUUCAUGAUGUCCUUCACCAGAGAAAACCACCUGUAGUCCUGAACUGGGAGUCCCGCCAUCGUAUUGCUCUUGGUGUUGCUCAAGGCCUGUCUUACCUUCAUUAUGAUACUGUCCCUCAAAUCAUUCACAGAGAUCUCAAAUCAGAUAAUGUAAUGCUGGAUUCUGAUAUGGAGCCUAAGAUUGUAGACUUCGGAAUUGCUAAAACAGUAUCAGAUUCUGAUGAAAACUCGACAAACUCCAAAAUUGUUGGGACCCUAGGAUACAUUGCUCCAGAGAACGCGUACUCAGUUCAAUUGACAGAGAAAAGUGAUGUCUAUAGCUACGGAGUUCUUCUACUGGAGCUCUUCUGCAGAAAAAUGCCAGUAGACCCCAGCUUUGAAGAAGGAUUAGAUAUCGUUUUCUGGGUGAGGAAAAAAUUGCACAGAACCAACAACAAUUUCCUUUGUUUUCUUGACGAAGAAAUUAGUCUUUGGCAUGUAGAAGAACAAUGGAAGGCCCUGAAAAUAGUGUAUCUGGCGCUUCAAUGUACUGAACUCGAGGCAAGCACCAGGCCUUCAAUGAGGGAUGUUGUAAGGUCUCUUGUAGAAUUAAAUCAUAUAUGUAAAAGAGGAGAAAUGAAACUUUGAUCAGUGAAGGCCAUGAUCAACUUUUCCAAAAUUCCAACAUAUUUUUUCUUUGUUUACUUCAAAAAAUUACGCCAUUCAUCAA